AUGUCGGCCAAACUCUCUGCGAGGCCCCUUCUGAGCCAUGGCUUGAGGAGCCGACUCGCUGGGCCCGCUCUCCGUGCCGGUCGGAGCUUUUCGGUCACGACCGCCCGGCGAAGCAGCCCCCGCGCCAGCUCCGAAGGUUCAGCCAACACCGCGCAUAGCGGUUGGCAUGGUAAUUCAGUCUGGGCUGUUGCUCUAGCCGCUGGUGCAGUUGGCUGGGGUCUUGCUAGUUCGACAAAGGGCAACUCUGCCACCGCUGGUUUUCUUCCUCUUGGUAGCGGCCUGCUUUCUACAGACGGCCUGUCUCGCCCUGUGACUUAUGCAAGCAUGGCCGAAAUGGAGCAGGCCUUGAAGGAGAUUCGAAAGGAGCUGGGUGGUGAGGAUAUCAUCUCCACGGAUCCCGACGACUUGCAUGCUCAUGGGUAUUCCGAAUGGUCCUCGACCAAUCCUGACGGCCUUCCCGUGGCUGUUGCAUACCCGCAAUCAACAGAGCAGGUGGCGACGAUUGCACGCAUAUGUUUCAAGUACAACGUCCCCAUCAUUCCUUACUCGGGUGGUUCCAGUCUGGAAGGAAACUUCUCGGCACCCUACGGAGGUAUCAGCGUCGACUUUGCCUUCAUGGACCAGAUUCUCUCCUUCAAUAAGGAUGAUAUGGACAUCGUUGUACAGCCGAGUAUCGGAUGGCAAGACUUGAACGAGAAAUUGGCAAAAAUGGAGAGCGGUCUCUUCUUCCCCAUCGACCCCGGCCCGAGCGCAAAGAUUGGUGGAAUGAUCGGUACAAACUGCUCGGGAACCAACGCCGUUAGAUACGGAACCAUGAAGGAUUGGGUGAUCAAUCUUACCGUUGUUUUGGCAGACGGAACUGUGGUCAAGACUCGGAGACGGCCAAGGAAGUCUUCUGCCGGCUACAACCUGAACGGACUAUUCGUAGGAUCUGAGGGAACACUAGGCCUUGUAACCGAAGCAACCCUAAAGCUCACUGUUGUGCCCGAAGACUUCUCGGUCGCUGUGGUUACCUUCCCCAGUAUCAGAGACGCUGCUGCGGCUGCAGCCGAAGUCAUGCGCAAUGGUAUACCUGUAGCUGCGAUGGAAAUCAUGGACGAGGUCCAGAUGAAGGUCGUCAACCUGGGUGGCGCAACAGCGCCCCGCGUUUGGCAAGAACUCCCGACCCUGUUCUUUAAGUUCUCCGGUACUAAGGCCGGUGUCAAGGAGAACAUUGGUCUCGUUCAGAAGAUUACCAAGAACCACAAGGGCGGUAAUUUCGAAUUCGCAAAAGACGCUCUCGAGCAGAAAUUGCUAUGGUCUGCCCGGAAAGAAUCACUGUGGUCGAUGUUAGCCCUUCGUAAGGACGGUGAAGAAGUUUGGAGUACGGAUGUCGCUGUUCCCUUCAGCCGUCUGGCCGAUCUCAUCGAAAUCAGCAAGAAGGAGAUGGACGACAUGGGAUUGUUUGCAAGUAUCCUUGGCCAUAUCGGCGACGGUAACUUCCACGAAAGUAUCAUUUAUAACCGGACGAUCCCUGAAGAGAGAGAGAAGGUCGAGAAGUGCGUCCACAACAUGGUGAAGCGAGCAAUAGAUAUGGAUGGAACGUGUACGGGCGAGCAUUCAAUCGGCUGGGGCAAGAAAGAGUCGCUGCUUCUUGAGGUCGGCUCCGACACUCUCGACGUAAUGAAGUCGAUCAAACGCGCGCUCGAUCCGAAAUGGAUCAUGAACCCUGGCAAGAUCAUGGACAUUCCCGAGGGCUCAAGGACGAACCAGGGUUGCUCGGUAUAG